CUCUCACACCAACAUGACUACCGACACCGCCGCUCCAAACCCAACCGACAAGCCGGAGCAUCACGGAAGUUGUAGUCCCGCUCGCGCUAGCCAGUUCGAGAAGGCGAGGCCUCACCAAAAUACAACUCCCAUCUCGACCCUCGCACGCCGAGCCCCGUCGUCCAAUCUGAAUAUGUGGGAGGAGCGCAUCCGCCCACAAAAGCCACAGCUAUCUCCCUGUAUCCCCCCCUUUAAAAAAUCAAUUGUGCACGAAAAAAAGGGGAACACGCUUAAAAUACCAACACAGGUGACGGUUUGUUUUCGGCGCGCGACGGACAGCGACGAGGCGUCCCCGCGUCGUGCGGCGUGAGAAACAGCGGUGACAGGCAGGAGCUGCGAGGAGGGUGUUGUCCUGAUGCUUAAAUGGAAGUGGGUGGGCCUCUACGGUCACACACUGCCAACUUCUCUGUGGAUAUCACUCUGACAACCGCCAAUUUGUUCGUUUAUGGACUGUCUAUCCGGUAAAGGAGUCAUACGACGGAUCUGUGAGGUGUCCGGCGGACCGGGGACGGUCACCGCUCUCUCUGUUAUUUCCGUUAUUUGGGGCUGUUUGAUUGUUCCUGCGCUUGGCACCGCCCUUCCUGGCCGGUGGGUGGUUUCGUCAAACGGGCAGAUCCGCCACGGCUCAGAGCCGAACAUAUAGGCCGUCCUCCGCCUGUGUACCCGGCCGGCCUUCUACCGUGAACUACACCCUCUCCCUCUCGGUAUAUUAAUGCGUUAUGAGUGACUCGAAGAAGGAAUCAUCUGGAACUGAAGGAGGGAAAGCAUCUAAAAGGGGGAAAAGUUCUGGAUCACAGGAUUCCUCUCAGCCCUCUCCAUUGGCUCUGCUAGCAGCCACCUGCAGUAAGAUCGGAGGGCAGGGGGGAGCAGAGGGGGCACAGGGCCAAGCAGGGGCCCAGCAGAUCCAGGUCCAGGCUGGUCAGAUCCAGUUGCAGGCGGGACAGAUCCAGGGUCAAAUAGUGGUGGACACAGCUGGGGGUCAGGCCUUAGUGCCCCAGCAGCUAGAACUGGUCCCGGCACAGUUCACAGGGAACGGCUGGCAGAUCAUUACAGCAGCGCCUACUAUGGCCAAGGAGAACACCAGUCAACCUGUUGCUGUGACCGUGGCCACCACCUUGACUAAUGACAGCUCACCUGGUGGACGUAAGGUAAAGGCAGUAGGUGGGACCAACAGUGUCGCAGCCAAUCAGCAGCAGCAAUUUCAGAUCAUCCAGGUUCAGAACCUGCCCAAUGCCGGAGCAGGAGUCCAGUAUCAGGUCAUCCCGCACUUGCAGACUGCAGAUGGACAGCAGAUCCACAUCAGCCCUCAAACAGCGUCCAUCGGGGCCGUUCCCGAGCAGGUUCAGCUCAUCCAGACUCCGAGUUCGGGCCAGACCCAAGCUAUCAUUCAACCCACCAACCAGCAGGCCAUCCUGACGAGUACAGCCAAUCAGACGGUUCCACUGCAGAUCCGUCCUGCGCAGUCAUUCCCACUUCAGCUGCAGACUCUGCAAGGCUCCCAAACUCCUGUCAUGACCACAGUACCUAUAAACCUUGGUGGCAUGACCCUGGCUUUGCCUGUGAUCAAUAAUGUCGGAGGGGGUGGAGCUGUGCAGCUUAUCCAAUCAGCAGAUGGCACAUUCUCUGUUGCUAAUGGCAACCAGCUGGUGACAACAGCUGUGUCAGGGGUGGCUCCUACCACAGCUGCAGCUGGAUCAACAAUGGCAGUAGCUGAAGGCGACAGCGUGCCUGAUGGGGCUCAAGUGGUGUCAGCUGGAUCAGAGGGUGGAUCAGCUGACGCCCAAGUGCAGAGCAGCGAGGCAGACUCUCAAAGCCAGAAUCAGACCAAUGGGCUACAGAACCAGACAGACACACCUGGAGCCAUUCAGCAGGUGAUUGUGGGCCAGGUGGGGCACCAGUUGGUGCAGCAGAUCCAGCUGCAGCCCCAGCCUCAGAGUCAGGGUCAGGCACAGGGCCAACAGCAACCUCAGCACAUUCAGACCCUGCAGCUGGCUCCAGGACAGACCUUGCAGCCCAUCCAGGCCUUCCCGAACUCUGCCCAGGUCCUUAUUCGUACCCCAACCCUAUCACCCUCUGGGCAGCUCACCUGGCAAACGCUGCAGCUACCCGGUGGAGUCUCCCUGCAGGGUGGUCUCGGGACAGCUGUGCCACAGCAGCUGACGCUGGCUCCGGUAGCUGGUGGGACUGCAGUUGGAAGUGGGGGACUAGUCUCUCUUAGUGGAGCUCCCUUGACGCUAAGUGCAGCCCAGAUAAACCCUGGGUCAGGGGUGCAGACGGUCAGCAUUGCAGGACUGAGCACAGCUGGGGUCCAGGUGCAGGGCGUACCACUCACUAUUACUGGUCUACAGGGUCAACCACAGGGUCAAGAUGGGGUCAAAGUUCAGUCGUCUCCAGUGACUGUCACUGUGGGCAAUGUUGCAUCAGGCUCGUCAAUGAGUCCAGACCAGCUGAGCUCUGUGCAAAGUUCUUCAGACCAGGAGGGACCGCCCAGCAAGAGGCUUCGACGUGUUGCCUGCUCUUGUCCAAACUGCAGGGAUGGAGAGGGAAGGAACAGCGGGGAUCCCACAAAGAAAAAGCAGCACAUCUGCCACAUGGAGGGCUGCGGGAAGGUCUAUGGAAAGACAUCCCACCUACGGGCCCACCUGCGCUGGCACACCGGUGAGAGGCCGUUUGUCUGUAACUGGAUCUUCUGUGGCAAGAGGUUCACCCGGAGCGACGAGCUGCAGAGACACCGGAGAACACACACAGGAGAAAAGCGCUUUGAGUGUCCCGAAUGCUCCAAGCGCUUCAUGCGCAGCGACCACCUCUCGAAGCACAUCAAGACCCACCAGAACAAGAAGAGCAGCGCCGCGGUGGCAAUCAUCACCACUGACGACAUGGAGGAAGACACUCCCGAGGACCUCGGCGCCUCCCCGCAGAUUGUCGCCGUAGCAACACUGUCGCGUGACUCUGACCCCGCUACGCCGACCACUUCCAAUCACCUGGAGGAAGAGGAGGAGGAAGAGGAGGAGUUUGAGUAGGCGCCUGCCUCCCGUCUCUUUGCUGGAAGGCUGGCUUCCUGUUUUUUUGGAGGUCUUUGCAUAGACUGUAAGGGGUUACUUUUCUCUUUUUUUUUCUUCCUUUUUUUUCUAAAAUUUGACCUUAUUUUGAAAGGGUUCGCUCACGAAGAGACUCUAAAGGGACGGGCAGGGGUCCAUGCGAUGAAGGGAAACCUGAAAAAUAUAAACAGUCUAAAACAAAACUAACGCGUAUAAUAACAAAAUAAAGAAAUUUAGAGUGUAUCAAAGAUUAGUUUGGCAUUUAUAAAAAUUUAAUCUAUUAAGAAUUUCAGGUGUGGCGGGGAAGGGAUGUACGCAGAUUAGCACAAGACAGGAGACCUGCUGAAUUUGAAACCACCCGACACUUGAGAGACAUUUUCCUAAUCACAACAGAACUCUAUGCACAAAAGUUGUGUUCCUGCUUCACACCUGUCAGGCAGUGCUGAGGGUCAAUCAAGGUACAGAGCUGUUGCAGAUCAGUGACAGAACAGGGGCAGUAUUGGGAGGGGGGUGGGUGUAAAUGUGAGCUGUGUGAAUGAGUGUGUACUCCCAUGCUGUCCUGCAGAGGAUCUACCUAAUUUGAGUUUUUAUUCAUGGUUCAGGUUUAAGUCCUCAGAUAAGAUUCAGGUGUUUGAUUCUUUUGCGAUCAGAUGACAAAUAUAGGGGGAUAAUUCUAAGAAAAGAGAAGAAAAAAGAAGAGUAGGGGAGGAAAAAAAGCACAUAUAAAAAAAGAUUUAUAAAAUGCAUUCCUAUUGAGGCGCAGUGGCCAUUAGAAAAAAAAAGGGUUUCUAUAGAGAAAAACAAUCUAGCUUUCUACAACUUUGUUUGUGUAGUGAAAGCAAUACUGUAAUAAUGACAAUCCUAGUGAAACCAUGUUUACAUUGUCAGGGGAAGUUUUCUCUUGUUAA